AUGUCAGCGCCCUUACCUGCCAUUGUGCCUGCUGCCCGGAAAGCCACUGCGGCGGUCAUAUUCCUACACGGCCUUGGUGACACCGGGCAUGGCUGGGCAGAGGCUUUUGCAGGCAUCAGAAUUCCACAUGUGAAAUACAUCUGUCCACACGCCCCCACCAUGCCUGUUUCUCUAAACAUGAGGAUGUCCAUGCCUUCUUGGUUUGACAUUUACGGGUUGAGCCCAGACGCCAAUGAGGAUGAGGCCGGUAUCAAAAGGGCUUCUGAAAACAUUAAAGCCUUGAUAGAUCAAGAGGUAAAGAACGGGAUACCCUCACACAGAAUUAUCCUGGGUGGGUUUUCACAGGGCGGAGCGUUGUCUCUCUACACAGCUUUGACGACUCAGCAGAAGCUCGCCGGCGUGGUCGCUCUAAGCUGCUGGCUCCCCCUCCGUAAAUCCUUUCCUCAGGCGGCUGCUAAUAGCGUUAACAAGGACAUGCACGUCCUGCAGUGCCACGGGGAUGCCGACCCCCUGGUCCCCUUUAUGUUCGGCACCCAGACGGCGGAGAGGAUGAAGAGCCUCAUCAAUCCGGCAAAUAUCACCUUCAAGUCGUACCGGGGUCUACCUCACAGUGCCUGCCCAGAGGAAAUGGUGGAUAUUAAGCGGUUUAUAGAGAAGCAGCUUCCUGCCAUCAGAGACGAGUGA